UGGAGUAAUAUCAUAUCUUGAGCAGAAUCAGUAUGGACGCGAGGCAAGUGUUGGCUGGAGUUCUUACUAUCACUAUGUUCGUUAUGCUCGGAGAUAUGAUCAAAAGGGACCACUUUGAUGUGGAUUCUGAAGCAUCAAUUCAUGCUACCAGAAAGCAAAGUCUACUUACCAAUGGAGCUGGACCUUGGAAACAGGAUGCCCAAUCCCUAACCUCCUGUUGGUCUAAACCACUUAUCGGGGAAGCUCAUGAAUCACAAGGAUAUGUUACCUUCUCCCUCACUAAUGGUCCUGAAUAUCACCUCUCUCAGAUUGCUGAUGCCGUCGUAAUAGCUAGAUAUCUGCGAGCAACUCUCCUACUCCCCGACAUAAGAGGAGGAACUGAACAAAGGAAAUUUGAACAUGUCUAUGAUGUUGAGCAGUUUGUGAAAAAACUUGAUGGGGUGGUAAAAGUAGCAAAAUCUCUCCCCUCUAAAGUCGUCACAGGACCAGUUGUGAAGGUUCCUAGCAGGGUUACUGAAGAAUAUAUUACUGAUAACAUCGAGCCAAUUUUCAGAUCAAAGGGGAACAUUAGGCUCGCCACGUAUUUUCCCUCAGUAAACAUGAAAAAAACGAAAGAGAACAGCAACAUCGACUCAAUUGCAUGUUUGGGGAUGUUUGGAACUCUAGAGCUUCAGCCUGAAGUUAAUGGAGUAGUUGAAUCUAUGGUGGAGCGCUUAAAAACUCUGAGCAGGAAGUCAAACGGCCAGUUUAUCGCAGUGGAUCUAAGGGUUGAUAUGCUGGAGAAAAAGGGUUGCCAAGGAAACAGUGCUUCUAAAUCGAAGAGUUGCUAUGGUCCACAGGAGAUAGCCAUGUUUCUGAGAAAAAUUGGUUUCAACAAAGAUACAACUAUAUAUCUUACUCAAUCUAGGUGGGAUAACAGCCUUGAUGCAUUAAAGGAUCUCUUUCCUAGAACAUACACCAAGGAAAGCAUAAUGCCCAUGGACAAAAAGGCGAGAUUUCUUGAUAUGGAGAAUUCUGAAGUGGAGAAAGUUAUCGACUUCUACAUGUGUUCUGAGAGUGAUGUAUUUGUACCAGCCAUCUCAGGUCUCUUUUAUGCGAAUGUGGCCGGCAAGAGAAUCGCCUCUGGGAAGACUCAAAUACUAGUUCCUGCUCAUAUUUCUGGUUCCUCUGCUUCUUCAACAGACUACAUAUCUCAUUACGUCUCAAAAAAGAACCACUUUGCCUAUUCGUGCUUCUGCUAGCUAUAUACACUAGUAGUAUUAAGAUGCUCUCUCUCUCUCUCUAGUUUGUUUACACAAAACAACAAGUUUGCUUGUAGUGAUGAAUAUUUAGAUAGACCUUUCUGGGUGGGGUUCUUUUGUCCCUCUUCCCUUCAACCCCCAAACAAUAUCAUUUGUUGGACUCGGAAAUAUGGUAUUGUCAUACAAAUAUAGUGAUGGAAAGUAUUGAGUUCCCAUUAUGCACUAA